AUGCUAACCGCUAAGCCACGGCACAAUGAGCCCCAAUCGUUCGAUGCCUUAGCAAACCUGGUCGACCUUGAAGAGGUUGUUAUAAACUGGGCUAAGCUGAUUUUCGACACCACGAAAUCCAAGGCCGAGGCAAAGAUUAAGAAGAAAUAUCUAUCGGUGAGUUAUUUUUCUGACAACGAGUCCAAUGAGCUCUUGAGGAUAUUCGGAAGCUACAGCGAUGACUGUUUCUACUCAAAUUUCUCUUUGAAUUUUUUAAUACUUUAUAAACCCACAUUUGAUAAACUAGAAUACUCUGAAGAAGAACUUGUUUGGGGUGUGGACAGCACUGUACGGGUGCCACCCUCAUCGGAAACAGUAGCUGAGUUAGUUAUCCUUGAAGAACAAUACCGGCGUGAUUUCCGUAUCGAGAAUCGGAUGAGCGGCAAAAUCCUUGUCACUGUUACGAAUUUGAAGCUGAACAACAGCUUGGUUACCGUGAUCGAAGGCAACAUCGCCGACAUUAUCCGCGGCAUGGCCAAUUACGCUGCGAAAGGAUUUACGAUCGAUGGAAAUAUUGUUAAAUACGAAACAAAGGGCACGUGUAUAUUCCGCUAUGGAGUCGAACAGAAAGUGAAAAUCAAUGAGACCGCUAUACGAAGUUACUACAAAUAA